UCUGCUUGAGUUCAGUUUAGUUUUGAACUCACGGGAGUUUCGACCGCGACGAUGUCCCUGUAGUGUGUUGCCGUGCGCGCGGAGUGAUUUUUGAGUGGACGCCGGACCAAUUUUUGGCCUUUCAUCCUUACAUUCAGUGCUUUAUUAUCUGUUAUCAAUAUUUGUUUUUAUUUAACUCAAUUCUUUUGUUUCGUUGUUCGCGGUCGUUUGAUUGUGCUUGUGUUCUUUUCAUCGUCCAAGGCGUUGGAUUACUUCGCUCAACGUCCAAAAACUGGCCAAAGCUUGGACGAUAUCCACUCAAGAUCCUCAACUAAAAGGUCUCCGGCGGCUUCGUGUGCGGAUGUGUUAGUGUGUGUUAGUGGUUGGAAUAAGUGCAAUGGAAGUGUCGGAAUCGGGCGGGCAAGGGGGGAGCGUCAAGUGGCUGACGCUCGUGCAGGACAUCCAGCAGACGGUGGCGGACUGGGAGAAGGAAGGCGGCUCGGCGGUGGGAGGGGGGGAGCCGGUGGCGUCGAUGGCGGCGUCGGCGGUGGCCCCUUGCGACGACCGCGACCGCGACGCCGAGGACUGCGCCAAGGCCUGCGACGCCCAGCACAAGUGCGCCCUCGGCCCGCGCCCCUCCUCCGUCUGCUCGGACCCGGCGGCCAGCCCCACGCCCCAGCCCUACGUCGUCGGCGAGAAGUACAUGAUCCUCGAGCAAAGAGUCGGCAGCUCCCUUCAUACGUGCUAUAACAUCCGGACCCAGCAGUCGUUUGUCUGCAAGGUGGUGGGGAAAGAGGCGAACAGUCUGGUGCGCGCCCACUACCGGCUGGAUUCGCACCCUCACGUCAACUCGCUGCACGAGGUGGUGGUGGGCGACAAGUUCCUUUACCUGAUUUUCCCGCCCUCGCACGGCGACCUCCACUCGCACGUGCGGCACCGGAAGCGGCUCCGCGAGCCCGAGGCCCGCCGCCUCUUCCGGCAGAUCGCCGAGACCGUCCGCGUUUGCCACGACAGAGGCAUCGUUCUCCGAGAUCUCAAACUUAGGAAAUUUGUCUUCGCCGACCAAGAAAGGACGGAGUUGAAGUUAGAAACCUUUGAAGAUGCCGUAGUGUUAGAAAAAUCAAGUGAUGACGUACUCCGAGAUAAGAGAGGAUGUCCCGCCUACGUUAGUCCUGAGAUUCUACGGACUCAUGCAAAAUAUUCAGGAAGAGCCGCAGACAUGUGGUCCUUAGGCGUUAUCCUCUACACAAUGCUAGUUGGCAGGUAUCCAUUCUCAGAUAGUCAGCACGCAAGCCUUUUCUUCAAGAUCAGUCGCGGGCAUUUUGUUAUCCCAGAAUUUCUAUCCUGUCGGGCAAGAUGUCUCAUCACCAGCCUUCUGCGGCUGAACCCGAAUGAAAGGCUCACAGCCUCCGAUGUCCUACUACAUCCAUGGUUUUCCUCAGGCAAUGAUCAGUCUCGCACAAGCAGUAAUUUCGACCAGGUCGUACCCGACAUGAGCUGAUCACAUUAAUUAAUUUAUUGUAUUUAUUUGAAAUUCCCUUGGGUAUAAUGUGAUGUUGUGUCUUACAGACCUACUCUGACAGAUGUAGACACAAUUUUUAGUGCGCAAAAGUAUGGGAUAAAAAUCUUUUUCACAGUGAUUCACUGCAAUUGAUCUCAUAAAAUUUAAUUAACCGUUGCGUGUAAUUUAUUUUUAAUUAUGAUUGUUACUUAAUUGUAAUUUUUCCCAUCUCGCCGAAUGAGAUUGAGGGAGGCGUCGGCUUGAAGCUUUUUUACUAAAAAGUUUCGUUUUCGUAUGCCUGGCCUUUUAAUUUUGUCUUUUUUUAAGGUAGCCAAACGGAUUGUUAACUUAUUUUAAAAUCUUUGGAAAUGAUUUUUAAAAUGUUGAAAUCUCAGACAGUGAUGUUUUUAAGAAUUUAGCCCUGUAGCUUAUUUUCGGAAAUUUACUUUUUGAAUGUCUUGGUGAGUAAUGCUGUAUAGAAAAUAGAUAACAGUGUACCGAAGUGAUAUCUUUUCCCCUUCAUUCAUUUUCAGACCUGAUUUUUUUUUAGUAAUUUACUAUGAAAUUUUAAUCAGUGUACAAACAAGUAGGUACAACAACCAUGUAUUUAAAAUUUAGUCAAUUUAUUUAUCCUAAACUAAUGCAAAAGAGUCAUAAUGUGUUGAUAUGCAGGUAUACUCACCGAUGUAAAGAAAUUUAGGGUUUCAAGAUUUUUUUAUUUUUUAUGUCCUGAUUUUAAAUGAGUUUCAUGGGAUUCGAAAGAGUAUGAAAUUAAAUUGUUCCACUAAGCAAGAUUGAUGAGACAUUGAUUCUUUGAAAGUUUGUUUUUUAUCUGAUCAAUCUUUGGCAAAAACCAUCAAUCACAACUGCCCUCAUAAGCAUAUAAAUGUUAUGACUUUCUCCAGGCUUGUCAUUUAAAACAUAUUUAAUAGUAUUGUAAUUUUACUCUGUUUCAAGAAGUCUUAUCUCACCUCAAAUUUCUCAUCAUUCUCCUUCACUUCCAAAUUUUGUCGUGAGAAUUUAAAUGUUUGAUUUAUGAAACAUUGACUCUCAGCAAAGGAGGGAGGAAAAAUGUCCUGAAGCCAUUGAGUUUCACAAAUCAAAUUUAUAAAUCUCUCUACCCAUAAUCUAACCUUGCUAGAGCAAUUCAAUGUAAAUUCAAAGAGUGUAUUAUAAAAAACCAAAAUUGCAGGUAAUUACAGUUAGUUUUUUACUCAUCAAUGAGUCUUUGAACUAAACUGAGAUAAGUGAACAGGUCUUAUCAGUUAAGCUUUGAAAAGAAGAAGUUUAAGGGGUACACAAGGUCAUCAUUUCUACCUCCCUGUGUGGCUCGCAAUUUUCUUUUCUUCAAAUAUUUGCUCCAACUCUGUCAAAUUACACUCAUCUUUUGAUAGAAUUAUCUGCUCUGCUCCUUAAAGUUAAACCCAAUCCAAUUAUCUCGCUUUUAGUAAUGGUUGGUGAAGUUUUGAUGAGAGUAUUUUGUGUUACUGAUUUUUAGCUGAAAGAAGCAAUAAGUAAUAUUUUAUUGUCAUCCAGGCAGAGAUAAUUUUUUCUAAAUGUGGUGAGAUUUUUUAUUAGCCACUCCUUUGCUGUAACAUAGAUAAAACCUAUGUAGAUAUCCUUUCAUCACAGGUAGUAAUGCCUAUAUAUUGUUUUGAGAUGAGAAUCUGAAUCAGAGGUCUCCUACUUUUAAUGGCUUAAUGCUUUUUUUGAUUCUUAAAAAAAGCAGCCGAAGAAAAAUUGUUUAGCAAUUUUAUAUUUUCAAAUCAUAUCCUUUUUAAUGAUCUCCUUUUCCUCGGAAUAAGUGUCAUAAUUCUUGUAGGUAAUGAUCUUAAGGACCAUAACUAUUUCUUGGUGUGUGAGAACAGCCACCUGGAGAAACUAUUUAACUAAAGUUUGUUAUUUUUCUUGUUAUAAUGCAUGUCAUGAUCAAAAGUUAUUUCAUGAGCUUAUUUUGCUUCAUCCUCUAUUGAAUGUCAUUCUGAAUUGUGAGUCAAAAAAGAAAAAAUGAAUUAAUUGAAGUGUUCUGAAGGGUUUCACGUACAGACUUUAGCAAAGAUCUUAUACCAUCUAAAAGUCUUACUUUUCAAUCUGAGAUCAUUCUAUCUAAAAUUCCACCAGAUUGUAAUACAGACAGUUUCUUGAUUUUUCCUUUUAGAAAGAAAAGAUUCAGAAUAUUUGGCACAUUUAGGUUACCUGACUGAUUUGUUUGUGCAAUCAGAGCUGAAAGACUGAAAAAGCUGAAAUAUUCCCCUCUCUCCUAGUGUUUAGCGUGUACAGUAAAGUAGAGGCAAAUUAGGAUUUCUUUCUUUUUAGGAGAGAAAAGUAAAAAUCUUCAAAGUGUACGUGAGUAUCUCUAAAGUAACUGCAUAUCGAUACAAACUUUACAGAAAAAAUAAAUUUUUGAUUUAUGCUCCACUUACCUCCUUUUUUGGUUUCUUUUUGGACACCUUUAGACCUGAAGUACACUAUAUCGGUGUGUAGGAAGAGUAACUCAUUAUAUUAAUGAAUAGGAAGACGCAACCUUGUGCUGUUGUAAUCCAGGUCUGUUUUCGUAAUUGUUUCGGGAAAUGUUAGAACUUUUACCACCAAAAAUAAUCUAUGAUCAGUUAAUCUAAUCAUUUUAAUUUUUGGAAAAUACAAAAUUAUUGGACAUGGUGUAAGACUUCGAAAUUGGCUCUGUCAUAAUCCAUGGAAAUUUUAUGCUCUCGGUUAUGCACACCAAGUCUAAAUAUCAAAACCAACAUUUUAUUAAGUUAUAACUAGCAUAAUAGCAAAUGACAUUGUGUUUCACAUUGUCUCAUCUCAUAUUACCUAUUAUGAUCUUUUGCCUCAUUCAAUACCAGCUAAACCAUCAAAAUUCCUCAAGUUUUUUUUUUUUUUUUUUUGAGAAGUGGCCGUGAUGAAAAUCGCAGGUAAAGAAGCAAGUUGAUAUAUUAAGAAAAAACCAGAAAUACCAAACCAGCAGUAAAUAUUGUUAUUUUGAUUUCUCGUUUUUUCUUCUGGGUGAUUUGUUCAUUUUUACUGUAUUCAUUCUUGUUCAUCCCGUGUAUUAGAAAAAAAUAGAGGGAGGGAAAGACUAAGGAGCCCCUUUUUCUGUUAGUUCUAUUGAUUUAGCCCCACCAAUCAGUGUUAUUUCUUUUUAAUUAAUAUGAUUAGGAACUAAGUCAUGCACCCUGCUUAAUCUUCUGUAACUCUUGUCAUUGUUAAUUGUUUGAUGUUAAGAAGAUUGUUGAAUUACUUAAAUCCCCUUUCCCUCCCUUUAUUCUUGGAAGAAUUUUAGUUUUAUAUCAACUUGGCUCCCCAUUCAUUCUUGAACGGACAGUAAUUGAUUUUGUUUAUUUAUUUUUUCUUUUCUAAGAAAACAAUUUUGUUAGUGACCACUGACCAGAGGAUAUUUUAGUGCUGAUUUUCAUUUUUUUAAUCAAAGGAGUCUUUUAAAAUAUGAUCCAUCCCUGCAGUGUACCAAGUUUGUAAGGUUUUCUCCUUUUUAAAGUACAAAUGUUUGAAUACAAGCCCUCUCGGAUUCUUCUGUAAAGAAGAAGGGAAGAAUCUGAAAAAUCAUUUACUAAAAAUUUUGAUCAUUGCAGAAUCUUAAAUGUCCCAAAAAUAUUUUUACUUUUUUUAUUAGCAUUGCCAAGGAGAACAGGCAUGUUCUAGAAAUGAUUGCCUCAAUUAAAGUAUAUUUGUUUCCAGUUUGACUCAAUAGGAGAAGUUGCUAUUUUGUUUCAAGCAAUAUGUAUCGAAGCAAUAGUUUUGCAACAUCCAUCUGCUUGUCUGAUGCAGUUCAUUGAGACCUCAUUUCACAGAUGCAUUAGUCCCGCUCCAAAGAAUGGCGAAUCUCUAAGGUGCAUCUCAUAUUGAAAUGUAUCUAACAUAGAUAUUUUGUCAGGAAUCAAUUCUUAGCAAGUUAUUCAGACAUUUUGAUCUUUGGAAAAACCUAAGGAUACCCAAGAGUUGGUACAUAAUUUCGUUUCGUUAAAAGUUUUUUUUUCUAUGUUUUCUGCUACUCUUUCAUUCUGAAAAGCUAAGUACAAUUUUUUUUCUCUCUCUCCGUAUCUGGAAAAAUGAUCAGAGGAAGAACCAUGACAAGACUUGAAAUCAAGAACUUUUGAAAAGAAAGUGAAAGUUGGAUCACCAUUUUAUACUUACUAAAAUUCUCCAAACUCCUUAUUUUUAAACCCGAAAAAAUACAGAAUUUUUUUAAAUCCCUUCUCUGUUCCAUUGAUGCAUUAGCAUGACCUACUUUGACGAACUAUCCCAUCUCUACAAUUAUCAAGGCGAGUCAAAAUUAUAUUCAUGAGACAUAUUUAUGAAUAAAUUAGAUUAAUCUUGGUCUCGUUACUGUGCUGUCUGCAGAUUCGUAGAUGUCAUCAAGAGAAAACAGAAAAUAGAAAAAAACAAGGCUAUGUGAACUGAAUUUGUUAAAAAUUUUAGAUAACCUUGGAAAGUUUAGAAAUCGAAACCGAGGUUAUGUUGUAAAAGCAUCUCCAGCUUUUUAGGUUUUUCAACCUUGUACCUAGAUAAUUAUUUUUUUUUUUCUUUCUUUUUUUAAUGUUAGGUUGUUUUUAUUUCCUCUAAUCUCUUGAUUGUGAUUUUGUAAUGAUUCUGAAAGCUAAAAAAUUUCUUUGCAACUGUAAAAAGCGUGAUAUGUUUUUGUUUUCAACUCAUUUAAUAUUUGUAAUUGUAAAUAUUUGUGUACAUAUAUUCUAACUAAUAAAUGUUUCAGUCUUGAAGUCUUGCUGAUUCUUGAGAUCAAAAAA